AUGGCGGCUUCUUCAGAGAGAAACAGUACUAGACAUCUGCUUGCAAUGAGGGAUGACCCUCCAGAAGAGAGCGCAAGAGAGCUGGUUUUUGAGUCCAGAAAGGGUGGCUUUAGGACCAUUCCUUUCAUCAUAGUGAAUGAGUCCUUUGAGAAGGUGGCAAGCUAUGGAUUGCUGCCCAAUAUGAUCUUCUACAUGUUAAAUGAUUAUCAUAUGGAGGUGGCCAACGCAACAACCAUUUUGUUCCUGUGGUCAGCUCUAUCUAAUGGGUUAGCCUUGGUGGGCGCUUUCCUCUCUGAUUCCUACUUGGGUCGGUUUAGGGUCAUUGCCCUUGGCUCCUUCUCUAGCCUUCUUGGCAUGACACUUUUGUGGUUAACAGCCAUGAAUCCACAGCUGAAGCCUCCCCCUUGCAGCCCAUUGAGCAGCAGCUGCCACUCAGCAACGCUUGCCCAGCUUAUUUUCUUCCUUUCCUCCUUGGUGUUCAUUUCCAUUGGAGCAGGCUGUAUCAGGCCAUGUUCCAUGGCCUUUGGUGCAGACCAAUUAGACAACAAAAAGAACUCCAACAAUGAGAGGCUACAGCAAAGCUUCAUCAAUUGGUACUAUGCUUCAAUUGGGGUUUCAGCGAUUUUAGCAUUGACUGUUAUAAUCUAUAUUCAAGACCAGUAUGGAUGGAGAGUGGGCUUUGGAGUUCCUGCCAUUCUAAUGCUCUUGUCACUUGUCAUGUUCUUGUUGGGUUCUUCUCUUUAUAUUAAAGUAAAUACUGAGAAAAGCUUCUUCACUGGCUUCUUCCAAGUGCCUGUUGCUGCUUUUAGGAACAGAAAUAUUGCCUUGCCAGAUCAGGAUUCAGCUUACAAUCGCAGCCACAACUCCUUCCUCACUGCUCCCACCAUGAAACUAAGGUACCUUAACAAAGCUUGCAUCAUCAGAGAUCCCCAACAGUACUUAAACCCCCAUGGUUAUGCUUCAAAUCCAUGGAAACUCUGCACCAUUGAUCAAGUAGAAUUCCUCAAAGCAGUUCUGAGAGUCAUCCCAAUUUGUUCCUCUGGUAUCAUGAUUCUACUCAGUAUGUUCCAGCAGUCAUUCUCCAUAAUCCAAGCAAAUUCCAUGGACAGACACCUCUUCCCCAGCAUCCAAAUUCCAGCAGGAUCAUUCACUGUAUUUACAAUCAUCACAAUGACAGUUUAUGUGGUGAUCUAUGACCGGGUUUUAACUCCAAUUCUAGUGAAAUACACUGGAAAUCCUCGUGGGCUCAGCACCAAACUGCGCAUGGGGCUCGGGCUACUGCUAUCGCUAGUGGGCACGGUGCUGUGUGCAAUAGUAGAGAGCAUAAGGAGGAGAACUGCCAUCAACGAAGGGUUGGCUGAUAAACCAGAUGCGGUAACAAGCAUGUCUGCAAUGUGGUUGAUCCCACAAUACAGCUUGUUUGGGCUGGCUGAAGCUAUGAAUGCAGUUGGACAGAUAGAAUUCUACUACUCUCAGUUUCCCAAGAGCAUGUACAGCAUGGGAAUGGCUCUUCAUACCCUCUCAACUGCUCUAUCCAGCUUGGUGGGGGCGGCUCUGGUGAGGAUUGUUGAUGGGGUUACAGGGAAGGGAGGGAAUGUUAGUUGGCUUUCAAGUAAUAUUAACAAAGGCCAUUUGGAUUACUAUUAUUGGCUUCUCACUGUGAUGGGUGUGGUCAAUUUGGUGUAUUAUUUCCUUUGUUGUUGGGCAUAUGGACCUAUGGAUGGUGAGCCUUUGGUAAGGGAUGAAAUGGUUGAAAGUGAAGAAAGGCCUCAAAGUAGAGCAACUCCGUUAGCUUGA